AUGAUUAGAUUUCCACCGCUUACUGUACCCUCGUUCCUUCAUCCAACUAUUGAAGCAUGGGUAGUCUGGCUAAUUACUACGUUCAUCUCUAUUCCAGCUGCCUUUUGUACCAUGUUUAUUGAUGCUCCAUACGCAUUAGCCUGUAACCUUUUUGCACCAGAACCAAAAUCCAUUGUAAUCACUGGAGCAAGUUCUGGAAUCGGAGCUAGUCUUGCUCUUACUUAUGCAAAACGAGGUGUCACUAUCGGAUUAUUGGGUCUCGAUAGUAUGUAUGAAUGGUUAGUUGUCGUCCGCAUAAUACGAUUACUAUAUCUCACAUAUAUUUUAUACAAUGCACAGCAGGUCGCAGAAGUUGUAAGAUCACGUCGAGCAUCGGCGGAGGUUUUAGUUUGCGACGUAGCCGAUACUGAUAAACUUGCCCAAAUACUCGAAGAGUUUGAUGAUCAACAUAAUAUUGACUUGCUGUUUGCUAAUGCUGGCCAAUUGGGACAUACAAUUGAUACGGACAAGGAGUGGGAAGACCAUUGGGAUCGAAUUGUAGAUGUUAACUUUAUUGGAGCGGUAGCAACUGCGAUGACUGGUUUCAAACUGAUGGAAAACCGCAGGAACAGACGAGGCGGACAGAUUGCAAUUACAUCAUCACUAUCCGGCUACUUUUUCCUGCCCCAGAUGGCUUACUACAAUGCGACAAAAGCCGCUUUAAUCUCUUUCGGCCGGGACCUGCGGUACAUUGGCCGCCCACACAACAUCAAAGUGACAGUAAUCACACCUGGUGUAAUUGAUACCCGCAUGACGGCUGAUCCACAUCAACCAUUUUCUAUGCCCCGUUGGUUGCUGACCAAACCUGAGAGGUUAGCAAAAAUAAUUAAACGACGGCUGUUGUAUAAUCCCGCAACUAUUGCAUAUCCAUUUACGGAGUAUUUGGCGUCAUGGGUUAGUCAAAGUUUACCGACAGCUUUGCUGGAUGACGCUACGUGGUUGGUUGGAAAAGUUUCGUCCUCUUUAAGUCGGACUGGGAGUAGAGGAUUUAGCUAA